AUGUCUGACACUGCUACCAGCAACGAAGUCGUCGAGGAAGUGCCCAAACAGGAAGGCGAAGAAGAAAUUGAAAACGGGGAAGCGGCGCAAGAAUCAUCUGCCCAGGUCAAUGGAGAUGGCGACGCCGCAACAAAUGAACAGAAUCUCCACCCACUAGAGUCUGCUUGGGACUUCUGGUACCUCUCGUCAGACAAGAGCAAGGAGUGGGAAGAAAGAAUGACGAAAGUGAUGACUUUCCAAACUGUCGAGGACUUUUGGGCUUGCUAUCAUCAUGUGACAUUGCCGUCCAAGCUUUCGGUUGGCUCGGACUACAUGAUUUUCAAAGCAGGCAUCGCCCCCAAGUGGGAGGAUAGCAAGAAUGAAGACGGAGGCAAAUGGGUGUUGGAAACCGACAAGAAAUUUAGGUGUAAUGUUGAUGGCAGUUGGCUCGAGACUCUCCUUGGAUGCAUCGGCGAAGGGUUCGAAGAAGGCGGAGAGUACAUUAACGGAGCUGUAGUUCAAAUUCGAAAGAGGGUCGAUCGUCUUCAGCUAUGGACAGCGGAGAUUCCAGAACCGACAGUAGCUGUAUCGCUUGGAAGACAGUUUAAGAGAAAGCUCAAUAUUCCUGAUGGUCUCAAGGUCAAGUACAAUGUGCACAAGGACGCGAUAACAAGAAAAGGAUCGACUCUGGCGGCUAGACAUACUGUUUAG